UUUUCCAACAUGAAAUAGGCUUUUGUGUUUGCAAAGGGGUAAAGAGGCGGAAAAGAGAGAGGCUCUGAACUGGCUUCCAUGUCAUACACUUAAAUUCUCCAUAGAAACUCUGAUCUUAACGCGGAAACUUUAUUAAACCCUGAUGGUGGAUUGAUAAGACCGAAUUUCUCUCGGCUUCAUUUUAUUGUGGAGACCGGGGAGGGAUGACAGAGGUAAAUUGCUAUUUUAAUUAAAGCAAUGCACCAGAGGAAAUUGCUGUCUGAAUAUUGUCUCAGAGAUGGGGUUUGUGACAGUUGCCUGGAAACUUCCAUCUGUCCCACAUUUAUUCCAGAUCACAGUUAUAAGAUAAAGUUUAAUACAAAUCUUUGCCCGAAUGAAAUCCAACCCUUUCUUGAACAACAGCUACAAUGAAACAGAACUGCGGAGGAAACGUUAUGUUUAACAUGUAUCUCUCAGAUCCAACAGAACAUCUGUUGAAAGAAAGCAAAAGUGGAUCCUGGAGUCCCUCAAAUACAGGGUCUCAAAAAGGUAGUGGACAGAUUCAGCUAUGGCAGUUUCUCCUCGAACUCCUGUCAGACAGCGCCAACAUGUCUUGCAUUACCUGGGAAGGGACGAACGGAGAAUUCAAGCUAAUUGACCCUGAUGAGGUAGCCCGGCGAUGGGGCGAGCGCAAAAGCAAGCCCAACAUGAACUAUGACAAACUCAGCCGCGCAUUGCGGUACUACUACGACAAAAACAUCAUGACAAAGGUCCAUGGGAAGCGAUAUGCUUACAAGUUCGACUUUCACGGCUUGGCCCAGGUGUGUCAACCCUCAACAACAGAGCAAGCGCUUUAUAAAUUCCAGAGUAAUUUUGCCCCUAUUCCCUUUUCAGGGAUUUCCAAGCUAAGCCUCGUUGGUCCAGGCGUUGGUCCGUCCGGAUUCUCCUAUUGGCCGGGUUCGCCACCCACUCUCUACCACAGUCACAACCUCCAACCCCCGGGACCAUUUGGUGCUGUGUCCGCUUCGCACAUCAACUGUGUCAACAACAUCAACAACCUGAAUAAUAUCAAUAACCACUACAAUUGACUACUAUUAUUCCACCAAUGAGGCCUAAACAUAAUUAUCGAUGAUUGAUGUAGUUUAAAGCGUGCCUUUUUGGAUUAGGCCUAAUGAUGAUUUUUUCCUUUCGAAAUGGUAUCUUGUCAACCCAAGAUAUUGUCUGAUCCUAACUGAAUAUGCCAAGGCGCAAUUCAUUAAACAUUUUGUGCAAUAUUUCAAAUGUAAUAACAUGCGUUUUCAGAUAGGCUAUGUAUUUUAGACUAAACCCAGAUUAAGAACUCUUUUCUUUACAAUUUAUUUGGUCUCUGAUUCGACAGGACACUGGUGCCUACACCUCUGAAAUUGCCUGGGCUUUUAGCGCCAUCACGUGGCUAUUAAUUAAACAUGUAAAUACGGAAUUGUUCUCAGAUAGGCUUGCAGUGCACUAAUUUCAAAGUAGGAUUAUUAGUGCCGGUCUAAAAACAUUAUGGAGAUAAAGAUUUGUCGUCGCCAAUAUAUUACCCGAUGACUCCCACUUUAAAUAGCCUUGGUUAUUUUAAGGUUACAAUGCAGACGUGUUUAUCUCAAUAUCAAAUCAUUUCUGGGUAACUAUUAAGUAC